AUGCGUCUCUUCCUGAUCGGCCUGCUGGCCUUGGGCUCUGCCAGAGCCUUCUCCGUUGUCCGGACGCUUCCGCUGCCGCAGCCACAUCCCCAGCUGGUGGCCUACGCGCCGGCCCGCGGUGAGUUCCCCGUGGUCAGUGGUCUGGCCCAGGGCUACGUUCGCUACUACGACGGUACAGGAGCGGAGCGGCUGCUGGCCUACAAUUACCCGGAGCCCCUAAACGGAAUCCGUGACCUGGCCACCUCAACCGCCAGUCUGAUACGGUCCGGUCAGGAGCAGGAGAGCCAGCAAGUCGCCCUCUUCCGCGCCUGGUGCGAGCAACGUUACCAGGCAAUGCGCCAGGAACUGGAGCGUCUAAAGGCCCAGGGACUGAAGCCCAGCGACAGCAUGCUUGCCCAGUUUAAGCCCCUUGAGCAAAUCGUCAAGUUCUCAGCCUUCGAAGCUGUUCCGGGACUGAGUCCCGAAGUCCAGCGAGCCCGCGACGAGCAGCUUCGCAUCUGGAACGAGGCCAGACUGGAGGUGUUGCGCGCUGAACAGGCCCAGCAGCAGCUCGGACAGUUCCAGAAGCAGGACGUGCCAUUAAUCUAUGGUCAGCAACAAUUUGGCCCCGGUCAGGACAAUCUGCUGCUCAAGACGGCAUCGCUCCCCGCUCCGCAGCCCGUGGAGGAGACUCCGGAGGUUAAACUGGCCCGCCAGGAACACCUCAAGCAGUUCAACGAGGCCCUUCUCCGGCAGCCUGCCCAGGAAGCCCCUAUCGUGAAGAGUAUCCCUGGUAUUCAGCAGCCAUUUGCGGCCGAGCCUCAGCCUCAGCCAAUUAUCCAGACCGCCACAACGAUUACCCAGCCCCAGAUAUUUAUCAAGACAUCCGCCAUCCAAGAUCAGCAGGCUCCACAACCCAUUGAGGAGACUCCGGAGGUGAAGCGGGCUCGUGAGGAGCACCUCAAGCAGUACAAUGAGGCCUUGCUCCGUCAGCCGGCGGCGCCCGAGGAGCCCAUUUUGAAGACGACACCUAUUCAACCUGAGUCCAUCACCUUGCGGGAUCAGCAGCAGCCUCUUCAGCCCAUUGAGGAGACGCCUGAAGUGAAGCGAGCCCGUGAGGAGCACCUUAAGCAAUUCAACGAAGCCAUCCUGCGACAACCCAUUGACACACAGCAGCAGCCCUUGAUUCCCAUCGCACCCAUUCCCCUCUUCGCUCCCCAGGCUCCUCAGAUUGUGAAGAGCUCUAUUGGCCAGCUCGAGGGUCCGCAGCCCAUCCAGGACACCCCCGAGGUAAAGUUGGCUCGCGAGCAGCAUCUGCUCCUCCUGAACCAGGCUAAGCUGAAGGCCGAAGACAAGGUGGCCGACAUUGCGGACCUGAUUCGCCUGGAAGAGCGUGAGCGGGACAGCGAGCGGCUGCAGGAGCUGGAGUUGCGUAGGCAGGAGGAAAAGGAGGCCGAGCUUGAGCGCCAGAGGGAGGCAGAGCGCAUGCGCGAGGAAACCCGUCUGCUUGAGGCUGAGCGUCUUAAAAUCGAGCUUGAGGAUCGACAGCGACUGGAGAGCGAGCGCCAAGCCGAGCAGCAAGAGCUCAGCCAGCUAAAGGUGACCACCAGCUACGAGAAGGGAGCUCCAGAGUACCUGCGCAAAGCGGACCAGUUCAAGAUCAUCAAUAACCUGGCUCAGGCGCAGCCCCAGCCUCAGUCUCAGCCCAACAUUGUGACCCAGCAGCAGUCUGUGCAGAAUGGCUUCUUCCUGCGCAUCCAGACCAAUCAACCAAGUGAAAUCCAGACAUCUCCGGCAGACCCCAUCAGCAGCAGUCCUAAUCCCUUCCUGGUGAAGUACACUCCUCAGCCGCAGCUACUGCAGCCCCUGCCCAUUCCCAUCCUCUCCAAGCUGAAGCAGGAAGCCAGCUACAGUACCAGCUCCACCAGCGAAUUGGACAAGGCCACCAAGGAGCACUUCCGCGCCCAUGAGAUCGCCCUGGAGCAGCUGCGCCUGGCCAACCUGAAGAACCCCUGGACGGGCCCCGACUGCCAGCACUAA